AUGACUACCUGUGAAAUAUCCCAUGGUUCAGAGAAGGAAAUUGUGCUGCACUUUUCCAACAAGAGUGAACAUAAACGUAUCCUCAAGGGAGAAAACAUUGAGGACCAAAUCAAAGAGUACAUUCAAAAGUCAACAAAGGAUGAAGAUUGGUGCAAGAAAAUAGAGAUAAUGCUUCCCAACACAUUAUUAGAGGUAAGAAUGUUACUUAAUCAAUUAUCAAUCCUCUAUCAUCUACUAUGUAUGAAAAGGAAGGCUAUAAUAAUAACCAUCAUUUUAAUCUUAUUGAGACCUCAUAGUUUCUUUCAAGUUUACUUAAUCAGAUCACCAAGCCUUAACAAAACACCUGAUUAUGUUUCUUCAUUAAGAACCUCAAACUAUUCCUAGAAUGCUAAAAGUUUAGCAACUGUACAUUGAAGAUUCAAAUAAUUAUUUUAGAGCAUUUGUCCCAGGAGACUUACCACAUUUGGCCUUUAAAGGACAUUUUGUCACUUUUUCUUUCCUUUUUCCCUUUGGCCUCCAACAAUGGAGCUUGAAGAUUUCUUGAACCUUUUUCAGAUUAAGAUUUGCUUUAGAUUUAUUUUCCUGACAGGGAUGUUGCACUUUUUUGGCUUUUUCGAAUUGCAUAAUUUAUUAAUCCUCGUUCUAUAAUUUAGGGUGGUAUAGUGAUUGUGAACAGCCCAGGAAUUGGUGAAUCAGAUCAUGUUAAAAGUAUUUUCAUGGAUAACCUUUCUCAAGCCAAUGCUUUCAUUUACAUGAUAAACAGUCCACAGGCCGGAGGAUUGCAAGAGGACAUGGUAAGCAAUGUCAAGCAUUUUACAAACCUGUUGAACUUGCACAUCGAAAUUUAGUAAAUAUUACUGAAAAUUAGUGGUGGCGCCCAAGAAUUCACAACAUUAACAGAAUGUUUAAUUUUCAUGUAUUCACCAUUAUUACUUGUAACAAUUAACAAAGAAAAAUAGCAAGCAAACCAGAAUGCAUCAAUCAGAGUCCAGUAUGUCCAAGUGGAAAUAGUGCAGGUGCUGUAAUGCCGAAAUCUCAUGCCACAUAUGGGAUGGCUAUUUAAGGCAACUUUUGUCAUCCACAGCUCAUAUAGUAGGUACUCACCUUUUUUAUAAGGCCAUGUAUUUUUCAUGUAAUAUGUGACAGUGUACAUGGAUUCUGAAGAAACAUAUUCAGAUAAUGAAUACUCAUAAAGUGAUCAUUCAGAUGAUACUUAUGACAGUAGUUUUGUAAGAAUUCUGCAGCUUUCAUGAUAACAAAUGUAACAUAGUAAGAAAAUCUGUGUACUAUAGAAUAUACUACCUUAAUAAAGUGAUAUUUAAUUUACAACCAAAAAUAUGAUCCAGAAAUAACCACAGAGAAUAGAAACAAGGAAAUAGUUGUGUUUUAAAAGAUAAACCAUGUGUUACUACAGAUCAAUAGCAAUAGAAAAUGGAUGAUUAAUAUCAAUUUCAUCAUGAAACAGAUAUCAAAUAAUAUGCAAAUUAAUUCAGAUUAUGUAAAGUAACCAAGAUACCUGUAAAAGUUACCCAUUGAUUAUCUGAGUUAAAUUCAAACAUGACAUUAUAUGAUGGUCUUCCACCAGCAGUGUGUGUAGUUAAUACUAAUGCAUCAUUAUCAAUGUUACUUUUGUAAUAAGCAAAAUGAAUGAUUUCAUAAUAUCCAUUUUUUUUUAUUUUGAAUUUUUUGUAGAGAUCAAAAACUGUGAAAUAGAUGGAUGUGAAAUAGUUCAUUCUGAAGUGUUGAACUUAAUAUAUGGCAAAUAGUUAAAUAUAUUUAAUUUAUAAUUGUAGUAAAAAACAGGAAAAUGUCUAAUGUUAUCCAUGCAUGAUUUAUUUACAGCAUCAAUAUCAUUAGUUGGUGAUACUAAAUUGAUGAUUUUACCUUUAACCAUCCUGAUAUCAGCAGCCAUUGCAGUCUUUCCAUCAGACCCAAAAUCUCCUUUGUCACCUUUUGGACCCUGUAGACAAGGCUCACCUUUUGGUCCCUCAAAACCUUGCAAACCUGGUGGACCACGUAUACUGAUCAUUCUAUUUUGUCUUGUAUCACCAACAGCAAAAUUACCCAUAUGAUAUAUAUAAUAUAUGUUUAUACAUAUUUAACCGACUUUUUAAAAAGAAGUUGACAAUAAGGACAAUCAUCUAACAUCCCACCAUUGGAUACAGUUAUCUUUGCUUUGUAUCCAGCAAUGGAUACAUUGAAAGUAAUAUGACCACUAUGUGUGACAAAAGAAAAAUGCGUGCUAUUUGAUAUUAAAACAUUACCUCCACUUUUAACUGGUCCUACUAUUAAGUACCAUUAUCGUUACUGUUGUUGCAAUAACAGUAAACAUUUUGCUUGUUUAUCAUCAAACACUUUCUUUGUAAUAGGAUUAUCAUCAUUAGCUGCAUCUUGUAUUUUCAACCCUUUUGGUCAUUUUAACAGGCGUUAUGAAAUCAAGAGUAUACCAUUAGUUAUUUCAAACUUUUUAUCCCACAUGCUCAAUGGAACAUCACUGUAAUAUCCUGAGAUGCCAUAAACUAUGACAUGAAUGACCAAAUCCUGUGAAUAAGCCAGAAUUGACUUAUUUUGCAAUACCAAAUCCCUCAUCAAAUGGUUAGUUGUUACAUUAUUGUACUUGUUUAUAUGAACCAAUGAUCUGGUGUGAUCUGCAAAUUAAUUGGCUGAAACCCUAGAAAUUGUCUCUGCACUACUGCUGGCUUAUAGAUGUCAACAGAUGAAUGGUCAAUAGAUGCAGAGGGGAAGUAUAAUUCAAAUACCACUGCAUAUUCACCAGGUAAUGGCGGAGCUCACAGAGCUAAUAGCCCCAUAAUUAUACAAAGUAGUGGUAACCCAUCAAGCCAAAAAAAAUUUGGAUGUAUGACCAUACGACUGUACAACCGACUGUUCAAGGGUGUACUUUUAGCAUGUGCGGCCAACUGUACCAUCCGGGCACUAUCUUAUAAUCAGUCCUCUACACAGACAUAGAGAUCGAAGUUGCAAAUGGAAAUCCAUUAAUAUUAACAUGCACUUUAUCCAUAGUAGGGGCUUUAGUUUUGUUGAAGAGACGUGUGGGGAAAAAAAAUGUGAGCUCCGCUUAUAUAUAGACUUGCUUAAAUCUAUAUAUUACUUCACACAUAUUCAAACCAACAUGAGAUGAAUAACAUCCUUUGCUGGAAUCUAAAUUGAGUUUCAUUUCAUAGGUUUUUUUUACUGAACUGAUGAAAGUCUUGAUCAAUGAAUUUAAGCCCUGUAAUAUCAUCUUCAUCACUAAACUGCCCACUUUUGCUCUUAAUGUAUACAAAUGUGUUUUCCAAAUCUGUACUUCCAACAGACUGAUUCAAUCUAUCAUUAACAUACUUCUGAUAAUUAGUAGCUGUUUGUUUAUUAUUAUUGUUGAUAGUUGUAUUAAUAAAAUUAACAUCAGCAGCAUGUGUGCUUUCAUGCACCUGUGACUGUUUGACAUAAUUCUUACUUCUGCUAUUCAUAUUCAAAUUACCAGUCAUCACCCUUGUACAAUCAGUUUUCAACGAACUACUUGUUUUUGUAUCAACAUAGCUUUCAUUGCUUCCAUCUGUUGCACUUGUUUGGUCCACUACAUUAAUCUCCUUAUUGCCUUUCAUAUCAAAACCAAAGUAAAGGUUUUACUAUCAACAUAUUUCUUGUUGACCACUGCAUGCUUAUCACUAUUAUCAUUGCUGUCAUAAUGUGGUAUUAAUAACAUGCUUUUCAAUGUUUGGGGUAACAGAUCAUCUAUAUCUAUUUUCUUAUCUGUGAUAUCUUUCGUCUGCUUCAAGGUCACAGCCUCAUCAUCAUAUUGAACUCUACUCUGGUCAUAAAUGGUCUUACCAUCAGAAUCCCAUCUGUUACCACUUCCAAAUCUCAAUAAUUGGUUAUCAUCACUUUUUUUUCUGUAUGUUGUCUCCCAAAAUACAUUAAUAACUGCAUCAUCAUUUGAGGUGGGUGUAUGCACAUUCUUAAUACAGUUAUUAUUCAAAUUAAUAUCAACUUAGAAAGUCUCAGAGCCAUUCAGAAUAUUGUUUGCAAAGGCAUUAACAUACUUUUUAAAAAACUGAAAAAUGAGAUAUCUGGUUAUGUAUGCAAUACCCCAAGAACAACCACUGAAGAGCUUGGUCAUUGGGCCAGGGAAUGCCAUGGUGAUGUAUCCGUUCAUCCACUUGAUAGUACCUACAAGAAAUUCCUUACUUUCACAAACAGUAAUACAAGAACAGGUAUCACUGUGGUGUACAUUGUUAAAGAUCAUCAUUGUUGCCCUGUUACUGAUUAUAAUUUGAAGAUAGCUGCAACAAAGGAUCAGAGGAGUUUUAGUGAUCUGUUAAAGCACAUGUCUGAUAUCACAUGGACCUGAAGACAUGAGAACAUCAAAAAGUUGAAAUCAGUUGAUGACAUUGAAAAAAUGAAUGAAAAAAAUAAUACCAUUGGACUACCUGAAGAUGUGAGAAUGCCAUGAUGCUGUUAAUGGGUAUAUCAAGAAAUCAAACUAUUACCUUGAAUACUUACAUUGGAACAAUAAUAACUAUUUAGAUGGAUUCACUGAUCAUGAUAAAAAUAUUAAUGUGAUGAAUGAUGAGUAUGUAUUAUGUGAGAGAUCAAUAUGUGAUAAAUUGUAUGAUAGGCAUAAGAUGUGUGACUUUCUUUGGACCAACCAAUCAUAUCCCAGUAUAUCCAAUGCAUUGUUCAAGCAACUAAAUGUAUUUUUAAGACUGCUAAACAGAUGCUGGAUGACGUUUAUCCAAGGGCAUUACAAUGGUGUUCAACAGAUGAUAAUUACCAGAUAAUGUAGUAAUUGUGGACAUCUGUAAUUCCUAUCCCAAUGUGCUAUUAAAUGAUACCCAUACCUUUGCACAGUAUUUAUGAUGCGGUAGAGAAGUUUAAUUGUAAGAGUGAUCGGGAAAAAUGUGGUGAGUUUUAUAUUGAUGAGACUGCAAUCAACUGUUACACUCAUAAUUAUAGAAGCUGGUUUUUACAGUGCUAAUCUGGUAGGAUACUUAGUAGAGGUACUGCACAUGCCAAUCACACAGAUAAAAUACAAAAUCACGACUAAAAGAGCCUUAAAACCAGAUACUUUCAAGGGGUAUAUUAAGUUCAUUGGAUGAAUUACCAGAAGCUGAAGCCAAAAAGAUGGCUAAUAGUUUAAUCUGUGAACUCGGUCAGCAAGAUCGGCCAUGGUUUUAUGUGUACAGAAUGUGAUACUGCUAUGUGUAUUUGGACAUCUGCCAUGAAUAAAAAGAGGAAUCUUACUAUUCAUCAAUGUAAUAGCUUGUAAAUACUCGUUUUCUGAUAAUACCAGUAUUAACCCUUUUUGUAGUAUCAGAAGCCAUACUCGAGUAUUUGUAGCUCAUUGCUUGCUGUUGUUCAAAGAAUAGUCUGUUUUAUGGUUAUAAUUAAGUUAGUAUUUAUAUCACAAACAGUAAAAUGAAAUUCAGGAACAAGAAAGAUAUUAAGGUUAGCACAAAAGAGAUUGGCAAAGCAUUUGAGACAGAUUCCAAGCCAACAUACUUUGAGAGGCAUUAAAGAGAAAACAUGUGCUUUGAUGACUAUGAGAACAGAUUGGGUAAAGGAUGUAUAUAUAAUGGACAGGCUGGUAGUGGUGAAACAUAAGAGCUUGGUGAGUUGGUAAAACAAUCAGAUGAUUGUAUUGUGUUGUCAUAUACUAAAAAAGCUUUGGAAAAUGUUAAAUCAAGGUUGCAAGCUUUUAGAUAUGAAAAGACACAAGUUAAUAACUCUUGAUAAUUACUUCUUUGGAAUUGGUAAAGACAGGAGUAUGGAUAGCCUUGAUGGGAAGGAUAUUUUCAUAGAAGAGUUUAGUAUGCUCUCUAAUAGAUGGAUGACUAUGAUUUAUAAAGCUUUUGAAAAGUUCAAUAACAAGGUAUACUCAUUUAGUGAUUGUAGUGAACCUUUAGAAGCUGGUAGUCAAGUGCAUUAUAAUUAUCAGUUAUCAGCACUGUCAAUCAAAUGUGUAGCAAAACAAAGACAAUGAAAGACAUUGAACAUCCUAGUAGAUAUGAUAAAGAGACCAAUAAUAUGCAUGGUACAUUCGUUGACACUGAAAGAUAUCCACCUACUUUGAACCAAUUGGUAAGUACAAUAAGAAGAUCUGUUAUCUGAAUGCUACCAGGGUAAGAGUAAAUACGGAAUGCUGUGAUAGGAUUGUAGUGAACGAGAAAUAUGAAACCAUUGACUUAAAGUAUGAAAAGUAUAAAGUUUGCAUUGGUACUCCUAUAAUUGCAACACAAAAUAUCACAGACAAAAAGAUCUUCAAUAAAUGGAGUUUAUUGUUGAGGAUAUUGAACAUAUAUACCUUGCUGAGUUUGCAGAACACUUUAUCCUCAGUUUCUCUGUUACAGUGUAUAAAUACAAAGGUGCAGACAUAAAUGAGAACUAUAAUAUAUAUGAUGUCAAGCGCAUAGAUUAAAAAACAAUUGUAUACUGCAUUAUCUCGUACCAGAAAGUUUGAAUUCAUUCGUCUGAACUUUAAAGAGCUAAACAAUAGAUAUGUUACCAGAGAACAACCUACGUUGGAACUGACAAAUAGUAAGUUUAAUAGCCUAUAAAAGAAUGGUAAGAUAUAUAAGAUAAUGUUUGAUGACGGUAGAUUAUAUGUAGGUUCAACAUGUGAAGAACUAAAUACAAGGUUAAAAUGGCAUUUGUCUAACAAAAAGAGCCAGGUAUACAAAAACAGAAAGGAUAACCCCAAAAUUGAGCUCAUUGUUACAUCACCUGCUGCUGAUGAAAAACUUUAGAAAAUGUAGGAAAUUGUUAUAUCAGUGAGUAUGCUAUUAAAUACAAGAAUUAGUUGAUAAACAUCAGAUCCGUUAACAAAGAGAAAGAAAGUGGAGUAUAAUGUUGAUGUAGAGAGUGAACAACAACUAAGGGAAAGUGUAGGAUUACUUGACAAAAGACGCUAAGAGUCUUUUGUAAGAAAUUUUAUUUCAUCUUAACUUUUUCACUUUUUAGCUUCGAGUAUUGGAUGAGUGGAAGAAGCUCUACGAAGGAAGAGAAGAACCAGGCAUCACUGCUGAAUCUGCUCUUUUCGUCUGCAACAAGUGGGAUGCAAUGGAAGGAAAAGAUGACAAAACCGAAACAGAGGAGCUCCAAAAGAACAUCAUACGCAGAUUAAGGGAAAGAAUUCCCAAACUUGAUGAAGAAUGUCAAGUAGUCAGAAUAUCUAUGAACACAGCAAAAGAGGAGUUAAUGGAGUCAGGCAAGAUGAAUGAUGAUCUGUACACGCUCAUUUGUGCAAUUCAGGAUCUUUUACUCCGUGAUGUAAAAAUGAAAGUCACCUUCUUCUAUCUGUAAGUAAAAAAAGCUUCUUGUUUGACAAUCUAAUCUAUGGGAAACGAAUUUCAGAACGUAUUGAUUCAAAUUUACAAAUUUAAUCUUUUAAAAACCAGAUUUGCAAAAAUUCGCCCGCUGUCUUGAAUGAUUGACAGUGAGGCUCGUGCCCUGUCACACCUCAGUUAGUGGAUGAUCACUCUGUGUCUUGGACUGUCUCCCACGAUUUAAAGUCAGGCUCAUGCCCUCCUGCAGCUCAGAUGGUGGACUAGAUCACUGUAGCGGGCGGAUAGGGGAGAAUUUUCAGUUUCCAAAGUAGGGGGCUUGGGAAGGGAGGUGAAACUUGCUGCACUUUUGGGUAUGUUUUGUUGAGUCUACACAGAUACAUCUGCUUGGAUUCGCAAAACAUGCCCGCUGUGUUGCAAGGUUAACAGUCAGGUUCCUGCCCUGCCCCACCUCUGCUAGUGGUGAACACCCAGUGAUUGGGGGUGGUCGAGAGUCCGAAGUAGCAGGUGAACGAGGGUUCGCAAAAACCUCUAAGCUGAAAAUGAAGGGGCUUAUUGUCAAGGACAGCACCGAUACGCAGCACAGGGACUGGCCCAUUAGAGGGUUGGUCAGCGGCUGUUGUGCGUCCAAGGCACAGGGGUGGAGAGGAUUGGUUUUGGAUUCCUCAGCCUAUUCUAAAUUGCUCUUAAGGUGAACGGGGCUUCCAAGCUUACUUAGAAAAUGCACUGUUUAGCUUGACUAGCCGUCAGGCUUAUUCCUUGCCACUGCUCCGUCAGUAGGCAGGGAAGAUUCAAUAGCGUAAGGGUGGUAGAGUGUCAAGACAUCUUGGAAGGGGCUUCUAUUGAUAUUGCAGACACUAUCAGUUAGGAUUUUCGCUUGAAGGCAGUCAUUGCCGCCUUUAAACCAGCCUGGCAGAGAAAAAGGCCAAGAGUUUAAAGUCAAGGGUAGCACCUGCAUAACUUUCAGUCACUGGUCCUUUUAAGGGUGGGUUGCGACUUGAUCUGUAUCUAAAAUGAUCGAAUACGGAAUUAACUUUGUUUCAAAUCAACAGCUGGAUAAGUGGCCAGAUUAGCUGGUUAAAGGAUUUGGCAAAUGUACAAAUACAAAGUACUCAAAGGAAUAGAAGAGAAUGCCUUGAGGUAAGGGAAGAACUUAAUGAGUUACUGCAAGAGCUUGAGAAAGGCUCUCACAUCCAUGAAAUUGACGAUGCUAUUCAUUUCCACGAGGAAGAACUGUGCAGAAAGCUUACGUCUUACUUGAGAUCUGAAGAAGUUCAGAAAAAAUUUUGCGAUUGGUCCGAAAAGGACUUGCCUGUUAUUGGUCAUCGUCAUAGUUCCCGAAGGAUCAAAUCCGAACUUGGUAAAUGCAUAGAUCGAAGAUUACAUUCUUUGCUUAAAAGCGUGGAAAAUAAAGAAAAACAUUUCGCGAAAGCUCGAGCAGACCUGGAGAAAAAACGUCUCCAAUAUUUCUCUGAUCUUCAAAAGGGCAUUUGUGACAUUGACCGUGUUCUUGACUCAGAGGAUCAGUCUGUUCCCUUUGAAUUUCACACUAGAAGAAUGUGUUUGCCUUUAUACGCAAGAAUGAAAAAGAUGAUUGUGGCAGCUGGUAUAGUUUUUAUGCCAGUGUUGAUUCCUGUUGGUUUAGCUGCAGGAGCUCUCUUUGCACCCGCUUUCGGUUAUAUGGCCGUCGCAAAGUAUCUCAAGGAACAUCAGCUCAGGGAAGAUCCUUGUAAAGCUUUAAAAGAACUUUCCCCACAGUUUCUAAAGUCUUUCAUUAAAGAAAGUCUACGGGAUCAUGUCCAAAGAGAAUUAGCUAACGAAAAAAAUCAAAUUUCCCAAAUAAAGAGAUGCCAUUCAGCGAUCAUUAGUAAAUACGAUCAGCAAUGUGAGGCUUUCAGGAGGAUAGCAGAUGAAUCAGGAAAUGAAGAAGCCCUGAAAGAGAGGGUCGACCUGUCUUGGAAACUGCGGAAUAUGAGCGACAACCUUUUGUUUGACGCCAUCCAAAACGGAGUACCAGUCAUGUACCCGUCUGGCCAAAUCGAUGGCAAAAAGCUUUCUUGCAAUACGGAAGAAGUGCUGGGAAUAGGAAGCUCAGCCAAAGUCUUCAAGGGAACACUAAAAGGGCAGAGUGUUGCUGUAAAAAGACUACAACAAGAGCUUCAUUCACAAAGUGUUGCUCGGUUUCUUGAAGAAGCAGGAAUAUUAAGGUAUGAGUGUCUGGAUAGCUAAACAGAUAGUAAGACAGUCAAACAAAUGCACACACUGACUUGGGAAAUUUUCCUGGUUUUACCCUACUUUAAAAGUCUGCUUCUUGUCUUUUGAGCUGCACCGUUUUAAAUGCCACACAAAGUUACUUCAAAGGUCUUCAAAUAUACCGCUGUUUGUCCGAAUACAUAUGGGUGAUAGGUAAAGAGGCACAUAGUGCACCGGAACUUGGAAACGUUCUCGCUACGGUUUUAACACCGGCAUAAUCAGUUAUAUUAUAUCGUAUUUUCUGAGUAACUUUAGAAAGGAAAGCGUACAUUGCAGUUUUUCGGUUUUCUUUCUUUCUCGUCACACAGGCAAGUACAACAUAAAAACAUUUUGACUUUCCAUGGAGUGUGCAUGAAUGUUCAAAAUGGCCGGCUGAUUUCCUUGGAUAUCGUCCUUGAGUUGUGCGCCUCAAGUCUGAAGGAUCAAAUCUUCAACGAAAAAAGAAACACUCCUUGGAUGACGGAGGAUGCUGCAGUUAAAAUACUUCGAUGUACCGUGUACAUCUUACUGGGGCUGGAAUUUCUUCACAAUCUUGGCAUUGUUCAUCGGGAUAUUAAGCUGUCCAACAUGCUGGUUUGUUAAUGCAUUAGCAAUAAUCUAUUUAUUCUCUCGACCUUGAAAAAGCUGUCGUUGUUUAACACUUUUGAAAAUGAUGAUUACAUUUAUAUGAGCUGAUUUAAAUAACAAUUACACCUGUCUAAAAGCUCGCGCUGACGUUUUUCCAGUUUGCUAAAUUCGAUCGGUGUUAGCUUUUCCUUAGAUUUCCAUGUUUUUUUUUUGUUACCUCUGAGGUUUUUCUGCGUUUUCUUUGGAGCUCUCUUUUAGUUUCAAGCUCCAUUUAAAAUCGAUGAUGACUUGAUGAGUAAGUGAAUUGAACACCUCUACACGACUUAACGAUCCCAGUGGGAUACACAUGAAAAAUGGGUCAGAGGACGGAAAAGAAGGAAAUAAAUCCUAGGAGAUAUGAAUAGCAAAUUAAACGAGCUGACACUCAAAGGUGAAAACUUAGGGGCCUUUUUCGCACCUUACCUUUGUUACAGUUCCGACGGAAGUAAACGUUAUACCCUUUUCUUAAAACACAAGUUUAAAUAUAUUAAUACACGUUGUAGCAAUGAUAUUUCCUGUUUCGAUUAACAUCUGAAAUCUUUCUGUGAACUCAGCUAUUAGCAACUUGAAUAAACCACGAGGAGGUAUGCGGUCGAACCUCCCUUUGCGACCAUUUCUCGUAAGCGACCACCUCUCGUUGGCGACCACUUUUUAAAAUACCAAGUUUCCAAGUCAAAUCACCAUAAAUAGAAUCUCUCGACAGCGACCACCUCUAGGAAGCGAGUACUUCUAGAGAUGCUUGUUUACAAGUUUCAAUUGUUUUCUACUACUACUACUAAUAAUAAUAAUAAUAAUAAUAAUAAUAAUAAUAAUAAUGAUAACAAUAAUAAUAAUAAUAAUAAUAUUAAUAAUGGAGGAUUUGUAAAGUGCUGUAUCAAUUUGCCCAUGACGCUUUACAACAAGUUGAAGUGAACUUUGGCCUUUCUGCAUUGAGUAUACAAUAUUUUGAAGCCAUUUGUGAGAUACAAAACAAUCACCACAUGUACAGAUACUAGGAUUUUUACCCUGAAUGAGCCGCUAAAAGUUACUACUAUAUGUUGACACGUAGGUUUUGAUAAGCGCUGGUAAAAGGGUCCGGUCACCAUGUGCAAAUUGAUUACUUAAAACAUAGACCCUCCUGUGGCCUGACCUUGCGUACGUGACCACCUCCUGGAAGCGACCACCCAGACUAGACAUUACGGGUGUGCGCUUACGGUAGGUUCGACUGUAUUUGCAAAUUAAAUGUUUCUUCUUGCAAAUUUGAGAUGCUUUCUUUCCUCGUUUGCAGAUCUCAAAAGACAAAGUCAUCAAAAUUGCAGACUUUGGUUGGGCGAAGUCUGAAAGCUUGAUCACGGGUACCCAAUGCGGGACCUUGUUUUACAUGGCGCCGGAAGUAAGAAAACGCAUCCCGUACGGCUCAAAAGUAGACAUGUACAGCUUUGGCAUCAUGAUGUGGGAAAUGUGGUACGGUAAAGAAAUAUUUGCCGACCUUAUUGAGAACGAUGAAGAAAUCCCUCCUCCGACAGAGGUCAAAAGUUAUCUAUCUAGAGGCCCCGUAGGAGACGGCAGCUUCGCUCCUCCAGCAGAGUGGACCAAUCUUAUGAUAUCUUGCUGCAAUCCUGAUCCAGACCAGAGACCAACAGCGACAGAAUGUAAAGAAUUACUUGUGAAAAUUACUCGAAAAUACGAAAAGUAAGAAAUUCAGAGCAUUGCAGUCAUAUUUUGCUCUUACUUUUACAGUUGAAUUCAGUUGUUACAAAAAUUAAUUUAAAAAUAACAUUUUUUUAAAAGCAACUAUUCUAUACAAAUUUAAUUACACUUUAACUGUUUACAGAGAGCUUUUUUGAACACUCGUAGGCUUGCAUAUGUUAAGGUUAUUUAAAUGGAAUUACCUAUCCUCGGCUAUGACUACUUGGUAAAAUGUAUGUUAUAGAGGUCAUUCUUAUUAGAAGGUACAAAGGAGAAACUCUUUGCAUCCGCCAAGUUGUGACUAGCACUCAUUACCCGUCAUUCAGAUGAGCAAUUUUCCUCUAUUUCAAUCUGUCUGAAGAUUGAUCCCUGAAUUAAACUCGACACACAGUGGAUAUUAGAAAGGAAAAAUCGACAAGCUCUAGCUCCUUAAUAAAGGAUCCGUGUGUCCUUAAUUAGCUGAAAUCAAUUUGGCUAUUAUUACGUCGCCUGUCAUAACCUUUUCGCUAAGUAAUGAAUUAUUAUUGUAGGAUAUAAGGUAAUUGUUAGUUCCCUUGACCAUUGCGAGGUUUGGCAAAGUAGUAAUUGCUUCCACGACUAUGUGUAGGCUACUUUGUUUAUACUGACCCGCUCGCUUUUACGUCAACGCUGAACAGUUUGAUCAACAGAAUGGUAUUUUAAACUGAAAUGGGGGGACCUAGCCAGUUUCGGCGUACAGUUGUUAAAAAGAAUGGUGUUGUAUCGAGUUCGAUUUUCUUCUUUGCCUUCAGAAGGAGGAGAGGGGACUAAAAGCAGAGAAAAUGAAGUAUUGUAAAUCUUUUUUUUAGAUUAUUGGAGUGAAUAGCUUUAGUUUUCUGUGAUCUUUUUCAGAUUAAGUAUUUCAAUUUUAAAUAAGUUUCGUAGAAUGAGGUGUUUUAAACAGAUUUCAUUAUUCUAAUUUUCAUUAAUUAAACGAGG